UCUUUUCGUUUUGCUCAAACUUAAAAUAAUUCAUAAUUUAAGUAUUCUUGUUGGAAUUUAAGUGCUAUCAUUGACUUUUAAUAUAAAUCUAGUUACUCGGAGAAUAUAAGAGAAUAGAGAUGACUGCAUUCGACAAUUUAUCUCCUUCACAGAAAGUCCGAGCAUCACUCCACCGUGAUGUCCGAGGGAUAUGCACAGAAGCCUUACAUCUACUAGGCAUGGAUAUAACAAAGCCCGCCAUGGAGAUAGUAGCAGAGCUAGUCUACAAGAAACUGAAAAUAUAUGGAACGGAUUUGGAAGCCUUUGCAAAGCAUGCCAAACGGAAUACAGUUAAUUCUGAGGAUGUGAAGCUUCUGGUUAGAAGAAAUCCUUCACUGAAAACACAUCUAAACAAAAUACAACCAUCGAAUCCUAUACUCAAAGAAAAACGUCGAAAAACCAUAGCAACACCUAAACUCACUACACCAUCAUCCAAACCUAAUGAAACCAGACCUAUAGAAGAAAAAAAUGAUAAAACAGAGCACACAGAUGCAAACGAAGCGAGAGAGAGUGAGAUAAAAGAUGUGGGUUCGAAUUCGAAUGAUGAUUCGAUAGAGAAAAGGAUGGCAAGUGAAGUGGAACAGAUGUCGGUGGAUGAUGUUGUUGAUCUUACUUUUGAUUGAAAUAU